UUUUUUAACUCAAUGCAACCGGGUAGGAAUGAUCCGGAAAGAUAGGUACCGGGUCGAGAAUAACGGGCUUUUUUUUUGUUGUUGUUGUUGUUGAAGGUUGUUUAGCAAUAUCAUUAUAAUUUUGCGAGAGAACUUAGAGGUUGUUUUUGCAAAUUUGAAAUGUUUAAACAAGCCUGAGUUUAGGGUUUUCUAACUUUGAAAAAAGAAUUUCACUCCCAAACCUUCGAAGGCUCCUUUUUUAUUUUUAUUUGUACUUGAAGAUCUUUCCUCUCCCCUUUCAACUCACAGUUUUGUCAUUCAGGAUUCUCGAGAUUUACAUUUCCAGAAAACAAAUGAAGAAUGCUUAAAAAAAUAAUAGAAUAUUCUAAGGGCCAAGGGAUAAUGUAAUGCACUAUGGUGAGAUAGUGUUAAAUGCUGGAUUAGUAUGGAUUUCCAUGUGAUUGAUUCAGAAGGGGGCUUGAGCCAUCAUGGAAUGUCAGAUGAUGGGGAUGCUGAACCUGGUGAAGGUGGAGAAGCAAAUCAUGUAGAGAAUUCUUUAGCUUGUGAAGAAGAUGGGAUUUCUGAACCAUAUGUGGGCAUGGAAUUUAAUUCUGAAGAUGCUGCUAGAACUUUCUAUGAUGAGUAUGCUAGAUGUAUGGGAUUUAGCUCCAAAGCCGGUCAUUUUUCUUCACAGUAUAAAACUGAUGGGACAAUAGUUGCUAGGGAGUUUGUCUGUGGCAGAGAGGGUUUGAAAAGGUCCGCUGAAAGCUGCAGUGCAAUGAUUAGGAUAGAGUUAAAAGGAGAAAAGUGGGUUGUUAUAAAGUUUGUGAAGGAGCAUAGCCAUUCAGUGAUGACUUCCAGGAAAGUGCAUUACCUUCGUCCCCGCAGGCACUUUGCUGGUGCUGCAAAGACCAUGGCUGAUAGUUACCAAGGAGUUGGAGUUGUACCUAGUGGUAUGAUGUAUGUUUCUAUGGAUGGAAGCCAUGUCUCCAUGGAUGCAAACAACCGUGGCAUUAGGAAAACUCCUCCAGCAGAAGCAAAUUGCUCAGGCAAGAAUGUUGGGACACUGAACUAUGCACUUAGGCCAGUUAACAGAAAGAGAAUGCUGGGGAGGGAUGCUCAAAAUCUGCUUGAUUAUUUCAAGAAAAUGCAGGCUGAGAACCCUGGUUUCUUUUAUGCAAUACAGCUGGAUGAGGAUAAUCGUAUGGCUAAUGUGUUUUGGGCCGAUGCAAGGUCAAGGACAGCCUACAUGCAUUUCGGUGAUGCUGUUAAACUGGAUACAAGUUACAGGGUAAAUCGGUAUAGGGUGCCAUUUGCUCCAUUUACAGGGCUGAACCAUCAUGGUCAGAUGAUUUUAUUCGGUUGUGCAUUACUAUUUGAUGACUCUGAGGCAUCUUUUGUUUGGCUUUUCAAGACAUUUCUUACGGCAAUGAACGAUCGUCGACCUGUCUCCUUAAUCACUGAUCAAGACAGAGCCAUACAAACAGCAAUGUCUCAGGUGUUUCCUGGUGUUCGGCACUGUAUUAAUAAGUGGCAUGUUUUAAGAGAAGGCCCAGAGAAGUUGGCACAUAUUUUUCAUGUGCAUCCUAAUUUUCAGGCAGAACUGUAUAAUUGCAUAAAUUUGACUGAAACUAUUGAGGAGUUUGAAUUAUCUUGGAGUUCUAUUAUUGAAAAGUAUAAUCUUGGGGCACAUGAUUGGCUUCACUCACUAUAUAAUGCCCGAGCUCAAUGGGUCCCUGCUUAUUUUCGGGAUUCCUUUUUUGCUGCAAUAACUCCCAAUCAAGGAUUUGAUGGCUCUUUUUUUGAUGGAUAUGUAAAUCAACAGACCACGUUACCUAUCUUCUUUAGACAGUAUGAACUAGCAAUAGAGAACUGGUUUGAAAGGGAGAUUGAAGCUGAUUUUGACACAAUAUGCACCACACCAGUCCUGCGGACACCAUCACCUAUGGAGAAACAGGCAGCUGAUCUAUAUACAAGGAAAAUUUUCACAAAAUUUCAAGAAGAACUAGUUGAAACUUUUGUUUACACUGCUAAUAGAAUUGAAGGUGAUGGAGCUAUCAGCACAUUCAGAGUUGCAAAGUAUGAGGAUGUCAACAAAGUGUACAUGGUAACAUUAAACUACCCUGAAAUAAGAGCUAAUUGUAGCUGCCAAAUGUUUGAGUAUUCUGGCAUCCUUUGUAGACAUAUUUUAACGGUCUUCACUGUGACAAAUGUACUUACAUUACCACCGCAUUACAUUCUGAAACGAUGGACACGAAAUGCAAAGUCUGGGGUUGGAACAGAUGAAUGUGGUGGCGACUUGCAUGGUCAGGAGUCCUUGACAUCAAGGUAUAAUAGUUUGUGUCAAGAAGCAAUCAAAUAUGCAGAAGAUGGGGCAAUAGCUACUGAGACUUUCAAUGUUGCAAUGGCGGCUCUUAACGAAGUUGGGAAGAAGGUUUCUGUUGUAAAGAAAACUGUUGCAAAACUUGCACCUCCCGACUCACUGGCCACUGGUGCUGCCUAUGAUGACAAGAAGAGCUCAACAUCAGCACCAGAUACAGCCCCUUCGCUAUGGCCACAGCAAGAUGAAAUUACACGUCAUUUCAAUCUUAAUGACACUGGUACUCCAGCUCAAUCUGUCUCAGAUUUGAAUCUGCCACGCAUGGCACCUGUUUCCCUUCAUCGGGAUGAUACUCAUCCUGAUAACAUGCCGGUUCUUCCUUGUUUGAAGUCAAUGAGAUGGUUAAUGGAGAACAAGAAUUCUAAACCUGGAAAUAGGUUGGCAGUCAUUAUUUUAAAGUUGCAAGAUUAUAGCAAUAGUCCAUCAGCUGAAAUGGAUGUUAAGUUUCAGCUCUCAAGGAUUACUUUAGAACCCAUGUUGAGGUCAAUGGCUUAUAUCAGUGAACAGCUUUCUACCCCAGCUAACAGGGUUGCCGUCAUCAAUUUGAAGCUUCAAGACACCGAGACUAGUACAGGAGAGUCGGAGGUUAAAUUCCAGGUGUCCAGGGAUACAUUAGGAGCAAUGUUGAGAUCAAUGGCAUACAUCCGGGAGCAGCUUUCGAGUGUUUGCGAGCCACAAGCAGAGCCUCUACCAAAGAAGCAUAGGAAAUAAAAAGGGCAAUGAAGUUGGGGAUGAGUGGUCGUCUACAUGCCAUGCCAUCGUGCGUCAGUGAUAGAUAGCAGCAAGGUGAUGAUGAUGAUGAUGAUAAUGGGAGUGCUCCUGCUUGUGUAUUGAAUGGAAUUUUUUUGCCCUUUCUCUGUAAUUUGUUCCUGUUUGGGUAAGCACGUUGUGCAACAUACAACAUACAUGUAGAAAACAAGAAAAAAGGUGAAUCAAUCAUAAUGUUUAAUCUUUGCUUUAA